AUGGCUAACAAUUACUGUGUUAGCUUCUUGCUGUUCCUCACAGCACUGAUUUCACUACUACCCAAAUCUUACCCAGAGUCCACAUAUCAAUAUAGUGAUGAACACCAAAUCCUUCUGGGGCUCAAGAGAUACUGGGGGAGCUCACCUGUGCUUGGCAGAUGGAACCUUACUUCCUCUGACCACUGCAGCUGGGGAGGAAUUACAUGCACAAAAGGUGAGGUCACUGCCAUUUCCCUUCCACAGCAAACCUUUAGGAAACCAAUCCCACCAUCCCUUUGCCUCCUCAAGAAUCUUACCUACUUGGACCUCUCCUCCAAUAACUUCUCUACUUCAUUCCCUACCAUACUCUACAAUUGCUCCAAUCUGAAGUAUCUAGACCUUUCCAACAAUGCCUUUGGUGGGAAACUCGCAGCUGACAUACACAGUUUAUCAGCAAAGCUAGAGCAUCUCAACUUAUCAACCAACCAUAUCAUGGGCAAAAUUCCACCAUCCAUUGGAUGGUUUCCGAAGCUCAAGUCACUGCUCCUCGACAACAAUCAGUUCAACGGAAGUUACCCAGCAAAGGACAUCAGCAAUCUGACAAACCUCGUGGUGCUGACACUAGCGGAAAACCCAUUUCUGCCAGCUCCAUUUCCAGUUGAGUUUGGCAAGUUGACACGCCUAACAUACUUGUGGCUGUCAGGUAUGAACAUGACAGGUGAGAUCCCUGAGAGCCUGUCAAGCCUCACAGAGCUCAGCCUCUUGAGUGUGUCAAAUAAUAUGCUGCAAGGCACAAUUCCGACAUGGGUAUGGCAGCAUAAGAAGCUUCGGUGCCUGUACAUGUAUAUCAACGGUUUCACAGGCAAGAUUUCAUCCAGUGUCACUGCCGUAAACUUGGUGGAGCUUGAUGUGUCCUCAAACAAACUAACAGGGACAAUACCAGAUGACUUUGGUAGGCUCAUCAACCUUACGGUGUUGUUUCUCUACACGAAUCAACUUCAUGGGUCAAUACCGCCGAGCAUUGGCUUGCUGCCGAAUCUCAGAGACAUCCGGCUAUUUGAGAACAUGUUAUCUGGUUCCCUUCCACCAGAGCUUGGUAAGCACUCACCACUAGGCAAUCUUGAGGUCUGCAACAAUAAUCUCUCGGGCGAGCUGCCAGCUGAUCUUUGCUCCAACAGGAAGUUAUAUGACAUCGUUGUGUUUAAUAAUAACUUUUCUGGAAAGCUUCCACAAUCGCUAGAUGGCUGCUAUCGGUUGAACAAUUUAAUGCUGUACAACAAUCAUUUUACUGGAGAGUUCCCCAAGAGCCUCUGGUCAGUGGUGACAAAUGAGCUAACAGUGGUUAUGAUCCAAAACAACAAUUUCUCUGGCACAUUUCCUACCCAGCUACCAUGGAACUUCACGCGUCUUGACAUAAGCAACAAUAGAUUCUCUGGUCCCAUUCCAACUUUAGCAGGCAAAAUGAAACUAUUCAGUGCGGCAAACAACUCUCUUUCUGGUGAAAUUCCCUGGGAUUUAUUGGGUAUUUCACAGGUAACAGAUGUUGACCUUUCUGGAAAUCAAAUUACUGGAUCAAUACCCAUGACAAUUGGAGUGCUAAAGCUCAACUCACUUAAUCUAAGUGGAAACCAGAUAUCUGGUACUAUACCUGCAGCAUUUGGAUUUAUAUCAGGGCUAACCAUCCUUGACCUCUCCUCGAAUGCGCUAUCUGGCGAGAUCCCAAAAGCGAUCAAUAAGUUAAAACUGAACUUUCUAAACCUCUCCAUGAAUCAACUCACGGGGGAAAUUCCAACAUCAUUGCAAAACGAAGCAUAUGAGCGAAGCUUCCUCUUCAAUCCAGGCCUCUGUGUCUCAUCGAAUAAUUCCAUCCCUAAUUUCCCGAUUUGCAGCGCAAGAGCAAACAACAACAAUGAUAUCUCCAGGAGGCUUAUAGCCCUCUUUUUUGUUCUUGCCAGUAUCAUGCUUGUGGGUUCGGCAGUUGGUGGUUUCUUGCUAUUAAAGAGGCAAAAGAAUACCCAAGAUCCUCUAUCAUGGAAGCUGACCCAGUUCCAUGCACUGCAUUUCACAGAGUAUCAUGUUCUUUCUGGGCUCUGUGAGCAGAACUGGAUUGGAAGUGGCAGGUCUGGCAAGGUGUACCGAAUUUGUGUUGUGGAUGGAGAAGGUGGUAGUAGAAUGGUGGCUGUUAAAAAAGAUAUGGAACGCCCAGAACCUUGA